AUGAAUCCAGUGGAUGAAGAGAAAACCUCCUUCAUAACAGAGAAAGGCACCUACUGUUACAAAGUCAUGCUCUUCGGACUCAAGAAUGUUAGGGUAACUUACCAACGCCUCGUUAACAAGAUCUUCAACGAGAUGCUGGGAAAGACGGUCGAAACCUACAUUGAUGACAUGGUGGUUGAAAGUGUAAAGAAAGAGGAUCAUCCCAAGCAUAUCCAGGAAGUCUUUGACACUUUGAGAAAGGAAGUACAGGUCCUAACUGGUCGAAUUGCAGCUCUUAGCUGCUUCAUAUCUCGAUUAUCAGAUAAGUGCAAACCGUUUUUUGAUGCAAUAAGAUCCAAGAACAAGGAUAUAUGGGGACUUCAACAGCAAGUGACUCUAAAUCAAUUGAAGUGUUACAUGGCUAAACCUCCAAUUCUGUCCACUCCAAAGCUUGGUGAAACUCUCAUCAUAUACUUAGCAAUCUCUGACAUAGCUACAAGUGCCGUUUUGAUCAGAGAAGAAGGAAAAAAUCAGUACCCAGUCUUUUGCACCAGUAAGACGAUGACAGAUGCUGAGACAAGAAUAACAAAGUGGGCAAUCGAACUCAGUUCUUUCGAUAUAUCCUAUGAGCCAAAGGUGUCACACAAAGGCCAGGCAUUGGCUGACUUUCUCCUUGAGUAUGAAGAUAAGUCUGAAGAGCCAAACCUUUCUGAACCACAAUGGGAGCUUCGGGUAGACGGUUUCUCGAACCUAACUAGUGCUGGGGCCAGAAUCGUUAUCACAACCCCUGAAGGCACCGAGCUACAGCAGUCAAUCCGCCUGACUUUUUAUACCACUAAUAACGAAGUCGAGUAUGGGGCCUUGCUCACCGGGCUCCGGUUGGUGAUAGACAAAUAUCAGCCCAAAGAAGAAAGAAUGAAAGUAUACAAGGAGGCUAUAGAGAGUGCUACAUAUGGGUUCGAUCAAAUUGAAUUCCGCCAAGUACCUCGUGAAGAGAACUCUAAAGCAGAUCAAUUGGCCAAAGCAACAUCUUCCUCAGACGAAGAUUUGGUCCGGAUAGUGCCGAUAGACAUCUUGUACGAACUUAGUAUAAGUCAUUGGCAGGAUAUAAUAGUGAUCCCGGACAUUCCACGAGAACCAUGCUGGAUAGAUCCACUGGAAGCUUACCUCAAGCAUGGAACUCUUUCGAACCAGAAAGCCGAGGCAAAGAAACUUAGGUUCACCGCAGCCAAAUAUUCUAUUAUCAAUAAUCAGUUAUAUCAGAAGUCAUUUUUAGGUCCUUACUUGAAGUGCUUAAGCCCGACUAAGGCCCUCGUAAUAUUAAAGCAAAUUCAUGACGAGGAUUGUGGCAACCACUCCGGCGGCAGAUCCCUGGCGUAUAAGGUCUUAACUCAAGGUUACUUAUGGCCAUACCUGGCUCGGAAUGCUGAAAAAUAUGCCAAGAGAUGCGACAAAUGCUAG